AUGCCCAAGAAGGUCUUAAAUAAUUCCCCAUAUAAACUAUUCUAUGGUAAAGACGCACUAUUUCACGUGUCUUUGGAAAUCCCUGCCUUGCAAUUACUUAAGUCUAUCGAGGUGGAAGAGAAUGGUACCAUGGACUUAAGGUUGGCAGAAAUUAUGGAACUAGAAGAGGUGAGGGAAGCUGCAUUUGCGUCUCUUCAAAACCGUCAGCAAACCAUCAAGAAGUGGUUCGACAAUAAAAAGAGUUUUGACCUAGAUUUCAAACAAGGUGACCUAGUUUUGAAGUACAAUGAAAGGAUGGCUAAUCCUAGUCAGCAUGCCAGGUUUGAUGAGUUAUGGGAGGGACCCUUCCACAUAAUAGGUUGCAAAGGGUUCAAUUCUUUUGAUCUUGAAGAUAUGCAAGGAGACUCUCUCAAGAUCCUGGUCAAUGGGUUCCACCUUAAGCCUUUUCAUUAG